UUAAUUCUAUAGGAACAAAAUUAUGUAUUAUUUUUUUGAACCUUAGUUCUUGUGCGAUUAAGGUAUUUGUCUCUUAUUUAACGUUUUGUUCAAUACUUGAGCUUUCAAUUCAUUUCCUAGUAAAGAAAAAUGAGAUUGCAGAAUGCAGGAAUGGAAAAAUGGUUCAAAUAAUCAUUUUCCUUUGUGCUGUCGCUUUCUCUGCAGAAAAAUUCUGAACCUCUGACACUAGUCCUUAACAUUAAAUUCCCCAAAGCCCUUUUUAUUCUCGAUUCAUGCGAUCACUUUUCCCACUCCCAUUAACCUGUAAAUAUGAUGAGAGGAAAGAGUUUAGAAAUUAGCAUCAAUCUUAAAGCAGAUGAAGAAAUCACCAAGAAAAUUGAGAGUAUCUGUUUGAUAGGAAAGAUAAUGUUACACAAACCCAUAGACAGAAAUCUUGUGGAAUCCAUUGCAAAGAAAGAAUGGAAGUGUAAAAAUGAUUUCUCAGUGUCAUGCAUUACUCACAACAUUUUCAUGUUUUCAUUCAAAAGCAAAGAAGAUUUGAAGAACGUUCUUGAGGACUCGCCUUGGACGAUUAGAGGUGGGCUUUUGGUAUUGUCAGUAUGGUGCGCCGGGAAAGUCCCAACAGAGCUUUCCUUUUCAUAUUCUGUAUUCUGGGUACAGGUGCAUGGGUUGCCAAUCAACUAUUUAUCUCAAGAAAAUGUGUCCAAGAUUGGUGAAUAUUUGGGGAUUUUUGUCUGUGCUGAUAGGAAUGUGUUUGAUGGGAAAUUUUGUUGGAGAAAAUUUCUUAGAUUAAGGGUUAUUUUGGAUGUUAGAAAUCCAAUUCUAACUGGGUUUUGGCUUAGGCGCCCUGGAUUGAAAGAUAUUUGGAUCGAUUUCAAGUACGAAAAAUUGGGACAAUUUUGCUAUAAAUGUGGUAGGAUUGGGAACCAUUAUUUGAGAUGCAAGUUUUCUGCUGGAAAGGCUAAGUUUGGACCGUGGUUAAGGGCUCUUCCAUGGUAUGAACCUUUUUCUGGUGCUACAUUUCCAACAAAUCUGCAGGAGAAAAGAGGCCAACAAAAUUUUUGCACUUCUUUAAUUGCAGUUCCAAAGGCAAAUUCUUCUCUAAUUCAAUCCUCAUCAAGUUUGGGAAACUUUCCCGUGAUGGAAUCUACGACUACACUUGAAAGAGAGGAGGAAUCUGGGACAACACUUGAAAGCGAAGAUGACAAAGAUGAAGAUAUUUCAGCAAGGAACUUGUGUCGAAGGGUUAUCUUUAACAGCAUAGAUUCGACUAUCAUGCUAAUCAACUGUGCAAUCAUCUGUCUGCGCACAUCAUCUGCAAAUGCAAUAGAAGGCAACUGGGGAUUGUUUAUCAUGAUGGCUGCAUAUCUAUUCCACUUGACCCGCAAAUUGAUUCAUGUCGUUCAGAGAUCAUUGUUCCCCAAUGAGUACAAUGUUGUGAUGCCCACUUCAGUUUAUAGUUGGAUGGCCUUAAUGGAAUUCGUAAUCUUGCUCGUAUUUCUACUCAUAUGAUACGAUGGUUAUCAGAUAUGGACAUAGAAAGAAACUGAUCGUGCAUAGUAACAUGACCCUUUUGAGUUUAGGUUAAUGGGGUUUGUUUAAAAAAAUGUCUACUCUUGAUGGUGUUUGUUGGUUUUGUCGUUCUUGAAAAAUGGACAAUUCAAGCUUCUGAUUAAUGAUAUAACAACGCAUAUUUAUCUCCAAUGAGGAUCUAACCUUUCUAUUAUUUCGAAAUAUUUCUCCUAUGCGUUGCCAGUUCGAUGGACCGUGUGUAUAUCAAACCGAUCAAGAACCAGUCAAUUACUACCAUAUACCACGAAGCGGUGAAGGACUUUGCUUCGAUUGCUGUCAUACCGGAAGGUUGUGGUAAUCAUAGUGCGCAAAGUAUAACCCGUACAGAAAGUUGAAAUAAAUUCUUUUCAAUAAUUGUAAUAAUUAACAAUAAGCUAUUUAAACUACUGCUUCAGAACAAUUAUAUCCAAGAUGAUAGGGUGUCAAAGGGUAGCGAGCUACUCAGCUCGGACCAUCCAGCCCAGUGCUGAGCCGGGCCAUGGACUUAGCAGCCUUUGAAUGUAGGCUGUACCGAGAGAAGGAUCUAAAGGCAUACUCAUGAACAGUGUUCACUGAACCAUUACAAUCUUUGAUAGAUUGGGGUUAGUUUAUCUAACUUGACCGUGCCAAAUGGAAAAUGUUUAUAGCCCUAAAGACAGAAGCUCAUAUAGCCAAAUAUGUCAUUAAGUUGUCAUUCGAUAGUUUUU